AGCGUUUGUGUUUGUGACGUUAGUUUGUGUCGCUUGUGACAAGAAGUCAGAAUAUUUUGAGUGAAUUUAUAAUUGCUUACUAUAACUAUGCCUAAGUAUUACUGCGAUUAUUGUGACACUUAUUUAACGCACGAUUCCCCAAGUGUAAGAAAAACACAUUGCACUGGCAGAAAACACAAAGAUAACGUAAAAUUUUACUAUCAGAAAUGGAUGGAAGAACAAGCACAACAUCUCAUAGACGCUACUACAGCAGCAUUUAAAGCUGGUAAAAUCGCUCAAAAUCCAUUUAAUAAAGGAGCAGCUAUUCCUCCACCAUGGGACCCAAGUGUUAUGGGUCCUGGUGGGCCCAGGCCACCUGUACCCGCGCCAGGAGGUCCUCCAGGCAUGUUACCACCUCCUUCUAUGGGCCCUGGCGGUCCCAUGGCUCCGCCAAUGAUGAUGGGACCUCACGGACCUAUGCCGCCUAUGAUGGGCAUGAGACCACCAAUGAUGGGACCUAUAAUGGGGCCAAUGGGUCCCAUGGGCCCUAUGGGACAGAUGCGACCACCCCUAAUGAAUGGGCCACCUAUGAACAAAUAGUAUCAACUCAAUAGAGACUGGGACUGGAAUGAAGGUCCAUAGUUAUUUGCCACAAACCAUGAACUAUAAGUGUGUUUUGAGGUUAUAAAAUUGUUUACCACAAUAUCAUAAUGUCGGUUCACACUUUACAGUUUUAGUGACAAGUGUAAAAAGUGCUGCUAUGUGGUAAAUAUGAGAAUACAAAUUGUAUUCACUGAUAACUCUGUAAUAGUAAUGAAUAGGUAUUGAAAGAAUAUACCGUCAACCUUCUGGACUAAACUAAACCUCUUGUCCAUUGUCAAAAGUGGAUUCCACUUUUUGCAUUGUAAUUGUCAGUCUAAUCAAACAAAAUAGUAUGUAAUAACUAAAAAUUCACUACUUUGACAAUUUGCAUUCAUCUGACUCAAAGUUACAUUAUAGUAAUAUAAAAAUUGACAGUGAUCUGGUUUUGUGGUAGAUUUUUGUAAGAUAACUCAAAUGUAAAAUAAAUAUUUUUAAGAAAU